AUGGCCGACACGUGUCACAAUCUGAUCCAACAGGAAAUAAAGGUGGACUUGGGCAAAGCCCUGUUUAGAUUAGGAGGAGGAGGAGGAAGGAGGAAGGAUGAACUGGAUGAAGAGAAUGAAGGCUUGGAGAUCACAUCAGCAGUGUCUACCCCACGUGAAGAGUUGACACGUAGUCGCUUCUGGAAUGGAUUGCCCGACAGUUGA